AGGUCAAGAUCUUUUUGUUUUCACGCGCGCUCGCUAGAUGCGCUCUUCAUUUCACAAAAUUAUUCCCCAUUUUGAUUUUGUGCUUUUCCACUUCACCGAAUACAUGUGGUGCACGCAAACGUGAAUAUUUGCGUUAGUGCGCUGUGCAUGUAUGCUCGUUUAUUUGUCCUAUGUUGAUGUAGCUCGUUUCCAUUUCCCUUUACUACCCUUCGUCGCUGUUUUUACGUAACCUAACUUUAGUAUCAUGAAACCCCUGCCUCACCUACUUGCCCGCCCGAAAAUAGUCGGCAAGAAGCCCCCUUCUGCGCCGGGCGGAGCGGCUGCAAAGGGGCCGGCCGCUGCAGCCGCGGGCGAGGCAGCGCUAACGCCACGAAGUGGAGGUCAUCUGCGUGGUCACAAACACCACCCUCCGGUGGACCACCACACAACGAAUAGCGUCCCGGGGACGCCGCGGAGUGUUUUAUCGAAUGUGACACCAAGACCGCAGCUAGACGAGGAAGAUUCCGGAGAAGCGGACGCUGCAGGAGAGAAGAUCAAUUUUCUCACCCCUGGCACGACUCCACGUGGUGGUGGGUCCUCGCGUGCAGCCACUGCUGGAGCCAGAAGGCCAGGCGGACUUGUUGGUGGUGGACCUGGACCAUCUUCAAGCAAAUUAUUGUCUGCCGCGAGGGGUAAAAUAAAGGCUCCGAGGAAUGAUGAUGUCGACCCGGCGCCGGCGUUUGAGGAGGCUGUGAGCGCCAUUCCAGUGGAGUGCACGUACGGAAAUUUAUCCUUUUUGACCCCGAGCCAGCACCAGAAGUUUCUUCUCUGGAUCAAAGAGAAACCAGCGUUUGACGACGCUGGAAGUGUUCUUUUCACCACCAGCGCAGAUCUUGUUCUACAGAAUAAACAGUGGCAGUCCCCGACCGCGGGCCGGUCCGUGGCGUUAACCAGGGCGGAGGCGCAAGCGCGGGAGCGACUGCGCGACUUUUUGCGCCAGGCGGAGAGCAACGAACUCGAGCGGAAACACCACGAGCAGCUGGCGCUGGACCACGAAUGCCAGGCGUUCCUCCAAGAUUUGGUCUACCAGGACGAGCAGGCCGCGAAGGGCCACGUGGUGCCCGUGAAAAAGGGGCCCGCCCCACCCGCCAAACCGCAACCCGUGAAGGACGUGCACGUGCCGGACAAGCGGCUGUCGCCCAAGUAUCCCACAGAAAAAAGCUGGCAGGGCAUAUUUGUAAUGCAAAAAUAAAUACACAGAAAAACCCGUCAUGGGCGACCUCGUAGCAUGCUGUUUAGGAUACGCAAUACAGAUUUUUCUGUGUAUUUAUUUUUGCAUUACAGAUGUGACCUGCCAGCUUUUUUCUGUGGGAUACCAAGGAACUGGCGAAGAUGAAGAACCAGCUCGCGCACACCUUCGAAUCCCAGUUAUGCAUUGCAAAUAUGUCUGGGUCUGGAAGAAUGGGAAUGCAAACUUGUGAUGCGCAUUUCAUAAGACACAAAAAUCUCUCAUGCAUAGGCUGCAAAAGCUGCCCACUUUCUGUCACCAAAAUCGGGCAUUUGUAAUGCAGAUUCGGCAUUGCGGAAGCUUGUCGAAACCUGUGAUGCUAGAGCUUCCACGCCAGCCCUUCUUUGUCAUGCAAAAGCAGCAUGACUCUUCCAGACCCAGACAUUUUUGCAUUUGAUACCAGUACCGCGAGAACAACAGCGGCAAACCGCCGAGCGAGGCGCAGGUGAAGGCGUACGUCGCAAAAACGCUGCACGACCGCGGGGUGGAAUUCGAGGAGAACGAGCAGGAGAGGAAGGAAGCCAUCGCAAAAAAGAAAAAGCAGCUAGUACAAGGAGCGCAAAAUGCCGCCUCGUCGCUAGGGACCACAUUGGGGAACAAUGGCGAAGGUGGUCCACAAAAUCGAGGAAUAAACGGAGCCGCUGCGGCGCACACCGAGUCGCUCCUCGCUAAUCAGGUCGAGCAGCUGGAGGAAACUUUGGCCCGUUUGGGUCUGAAGGAGGAACCCAACGGGGAGAUUCGGCGGGACUUGACGAACAGCGGUGGUGGUGGUGGUCUGCUCAACAAGAAGAAUCUCAACGGUACUAGUUCCGAUGACGACUCGUUUGAAGCCUUGACCGAAGCGCAGCUGCAGCACAACGCGAUGGUGGCGAAACACAACGAGGUGGCAAACAGCACGAAGCACUUGGACCAGUUAGAGCGGCGGUUGGUCAAGAAGCGAGUGGAAUUGGAGCAGCAGUAUAGAACCCGCAUCCACCCGUUGCGCCGGGCCAUUCUGCUGCGUUUGUACGCGGAUUUGGAGUCGGUCUGCCUGAAUCUGUACGGCUGCGGCCCGGUUGCGCAGGACCACCAAAUGUUCCUGCCGGAGAUUCAGCAGCUGACAACCGGGAAGGCGCUGUCGCCGGACCGAGCGUCCGCGGCCGCGAACAACAAGGACGGCACGUUGCAGGAUUUGCGCCGCGAUCAGCACCUGAUCUUCCUUCAGCAGGAGGCCGAGCGGAAACGGCGGGAGGCGAACGUCAACGGCAGCUACAACUUCUUUACGCUUCGCCAGGAGCUCUACCAGCGGCUGCUGCGGGGCGGCUCCGAGGUCGUGGACGAUUUGCUGUUCCGGAGAACGUGGGCGUUGUGUGAGGACGCGUUUGAAGAGCUGCGGGAGAACCGCACCCAUUACCCCAUGUACGUCGAGCCUGAGAAUGAGGACGACGAGGAAGUAGACGGUAGAUCGAACAUCAACAAUAAAAGCAAAUUCACUUCUUCUUACCCGGUAUCCGGCGGCCGGUCCAUGACUCCUGCUUCGAUGAGAAAUAGAACGGCGGGGAACAACAACGCUAAAAGUAGCUACAACAAGCGCGGCAGCGGUCGGAGUAACGGCAAAAACUGGGACACGGUGCGGAUGCCGCAUAGUUAUAAUUCUGGAACAUCAAGCUAUGCCCCGGACGACCCGCGAUUUUUCGUGAGAAAGGAGGGUGCGCAUGGGUCCUUGGAAGCGCUUGAGGAGAAGCUGGUCUUUGAUUGGAUCGAAACCAAAGAUCUCCCACCCAUGCUCGAAACCUUCACGCGGGAGCUGAUCGCGCAAGCGUGCGGGAUGGAGGCGGUCAGACGGCUGAGGGAGAGAAGCAUCAGUGAACAAGCGUCGCAAUUCGCAGAGGAGGCCCUGGAUUUUUUGGCGGAACGGCCAGAAUUACUCUUCCGCCAACAAUACCAAAUCGUGCGGGUGGAAGGAAAUUAUUAUACUCCGGCACCACAUCCACAACUACCUGUCGUGCCGUCACCGGCCGUGGUUUCAUCAUCUCCGUUUGACGUAGACGUGGGGCCGACGGCUCCUGCUUUGCUGAACGUUCCUGGGUCACUCUUUAUGCCGGUGGGAACAGCUGCAACAUCUGGUGCAGCUGGUCAGCAAUUCACACAGCAGCUAAUGGAGGGGCAACACCAAAACGGUUCAGGGUCUACUAUUGUCGAUGCAGCCGAAGUAGUACCAGGGGUUGCAGCAGCGGAAAAGAAGCCAGGAGAGCUCCAUUCGAAUCUCCAAGGCAAGGCUCCAAGUGUGGGACCAGAAGCGAACAAAGCUGGCGCACCCGCCGCCGGAAGUGUGGCUAGCCCGGGCGCCGCAGCGGCAGGAGAUUCGAAUGCGGAGCAGCUGAGAGAGUUCGCUCAGAUUCAGAAGCUGCAGGAGGAAAGACAGCAUGAGCUUGUGGAACACAAUGCCAGCAACAUAGCGGCUGAAAAUAAACCCUCCGCCGCGACAGCGCUUGUCAACGGUCACGCGGGUAGCGAAGUGCACAGCCCAGGGAGGGGGCAAAACGACGAUAUUACCGCAAUGAUGGAGCAGCAGUCCUCUCUACUGCCGGGAGCUGCGAAGGCGCAUCUUCCUCACGACCUCGCUGCCAUGGCUGCAAGUGCAGCAGCACAGCACACAGGGCACAAGCACGUUGCAGCCGCGAGGGAAAAGAAUGAAGGCGAAGAUGGAGUCCUAGGCGCCGCUGAUGUUGCACAACACGAUGCAGGAGCUGUUCUCGGCAAGAAGAAGGUUCUUCACCAUGCGGCCGCAGAAGGGGAGGAAGAAGAAAAAGUGAUUAUUUCCGGUGGCGAAGUAGAUCAAGAUCACGAGGUGCCAAUUAUCGGAAUGAGCGACUUUCUAUUGGGAAUCGACACACCAAAGGGGAGCAAAAAGACCGAGGAGGACUCGAAUGCAGGCACUGUGGUACCAUCGGACGCUUCUCGGACACCGAAAGCAGGCGCAGCUGCAGCUCUUUCCGGUACUAGAAUGAAAAAGGUUUCAGUUGCUGCGAAGGCUGGAGGACCUGGGCCCGGUAGUGCCGCCGCUGCCCCCGCGGGGGGCCCAGCGGAUUCGCUGGCGGCAUUCGAGGCGCCUGCGACAGCUACGGUAAUCUUGAAGGAGCAGCAGGACCAGGGCCCAGCUGCAAUUGAGGGCGGAGGAGAAAACGUGAAGAGCGACGGUGGGAGUAGUAUUCCGAAACGGCAACCACGCCCGCGCAUCAAGGAAAAGGACGGAACCAGCAAGCCAAGCAAGCGGCUGGCGGCUCCAGCAGAGGAUGGGAAAAUUUCUGCCACAUCUGAGAGGGAGAGGGAAAAAACACAAGGAGACGCUUCUCAAGAGGCGCGGAAGUCCAAGGCCUUGCCAGGGCGAUCGUCACAGGCCGGCGAAGAUGAAGUAGGAGGGGAUACUAUUAAAACGAAGCGGGCGUCAGUUAAAAAGUCAGCACCAACAUCAACUUCCCCGGCGGGGGAAACAUCAAAGACCGGCACAGAUACACCUGCGGACGGCACCAAAUCAGAGGAAAAGAAGAAGAAAAAGAGAGUCUCCGCUCCGAGCGCGAGGAGUGCGGGAGAGGACCGCGGUGGGGGCGCGAGCAGCACCAGUGGCGCCGAGAAGAUGGUGGAGAGUAAAGAAAAUUCGACGAGAAAAUCUGGGGCUGGUGAUCGGCAGGUAAGCAGCUUUUUGAAAAGCACUAGAAUCACUGUGGGAAAAAACGAAGAUGAGCUGGACUCAAGGAAGCCUAGUGCCGCAGGUGCAACCAAAGGUGGAGACAAGGAGGCGCCUCCAGACAAAAGCUUUUUGUUCUCGCCACCUUCCUCCCAAGAUGAACAGAAGCCGCUGGGUACUACUAGCGUCCAAAAACGCGCCGACGGUACGCCGGAGGUGCGACACACCCGCGCCUCGAAGAUCCGGGAAUCGCACAUUGAAACGAAAGCCUACAAGCCACCCGCCACGACCUCCAGCAAACCAGCAAUCCUUCCCACGAGAGCUGUUGCAACAUCGACCAGCGUUUCUACUCAGGAUAGUACGAAGCAAGCAGACGGCGCCAGUAGAAGCAGCAAAUCUAGCCGUGUUUCCCUAACUGCACAGUUGAACACGGCGAGAAAGUCGGUUGGAUUGAACAAAAUUUCAGGCGUUGUGCCUUCUAUCAGUGGCGCUUUUCCAGACCGCCGGUCGCUCUCCGGAACCAACAGUAGUUCGCAGCCAGGUGGCUCCAGCGACAACAACAUCGACGGAGACACCGCCCGCGGAGACGCGUCCCAAAACAAGCGCGUGUCGCGGCGGGACUCGGAGACCGCGUUUCUGCGGGACAACUUCACCUACAGCGUGGACCGGACGAUGCUGAAGGGCAUCGAAGCGACGGCGCACGCGGUGUACUACCAGUACAACGCGAAGCCGCCACCGGACGAGCUGGUGUGGAAAUUGCGGGAGCAGAUCGUCGACGAGCACGACGACCCGGCCAACCGACCAGAAGUUGACAGUGCCGAGACGUUCCCAGAACCGCGAAAACCGGCCACACCGCCACGGGAGGAAGCCAGCACUUCGGAAGAAGAGCCGGCGUUUAACUCGGAGUUGCACAAUAUGAUCGUCGGGAGGCUUAACAAUUGAGUGCUGUGAUCCUACGUUGCUUCUAGUUUGAAUAUCAAUUCCUCCUGGGUUUCUCAACUCCCCUACAUGAACUUGGACUAUCGCACUUUGUUUGUAGUCCACAGUCCCACGACCCUGUGUACUGCCCAGGACAGAACAUAUAAAGUCAGACUGUGAUCAUAAGAAAGCGCCUGUGAAAGAAUUAUGAUGUAGUAGGCCGACGCCAUCAGAUUCAAUUUCAAACUGCUGCGGUCGAUGUCGUUUCGUCACCACUAUGAGUGGUUCGCGUCGCGUUGAAGUUGUCAUGCAGGCCAGCACGACAUUGAAAUUGAAUACGAAAGAUGAGUGUGAAACAAUUCCUUUUUGUUUUUGUUUACUUAUCCUUAUGCACAGCUGCAGCUGGUGCUGGCUCCAAACGUGUUCAAACGCGAUUGAUCCACCAAAUUUCAAGCUGUACUAUUAAACCGGGCAGUAUAAAUACAAUAAUAUGGCUCUGGUUUGUUUUUGAUGGUUCUCGUUCUUUGCCU